AGAGAGAGAGAGAGGGGAAAAAAAACACGAUAACAUCCGACCAAUCGCACGCGCUGCUGCGACUGGCGUCUCGUGCACGGGUGUUUUUUUUUUUUUUCUCGCUCGUUUUGUUUUCAUUUGCUGUUUUUUUUCUGGGGAAGGACGACGUUGCUUUUCCUGCAUUUCUUCCACCGUUUUCUGGAUGUUUUAUCGCCUUAAAUAACUUUUUUUUAAUCGCAGCGUCUGCUUCAAGCUGAAUCUGAACAGGCUGAAUAAUAAUAAUAAUAAUAAUAGUGAUAUUUUUGAUUAAUUCCUGCGAAGUUUUUGUCGGAGCUGGGAAGCCAGGCUGGACGGGCUUGGACUGAUUUGACAGAUUUGACAGAUUUUACUCUCUGGAUUACAACCUCAUGCACAUACAUGCAUGACUCCCCUUCUCUGAAUGCCGCUCCUGAGAAGCCUGAAGUGGUGAACUCGUCCAGCAUCAGCUGAUGGCCGGGCCGCUCUCUCAGCUCCUGCCCCCUGACCUGCCCCCUGCCGGAGCCAGCCCACAGUGUGGCAGCUCUAACCAGCCAGGAGGUUCCCUGAGCGGUGGACAAAUAAACUCUGUGGCUAACCUCAAAUCCCUACUGCAGCUGCCAAUGAAGGGGGAUCAGCGCUUCAGAGACUGUUGUGAAAUCAAGGAUAAGGACCGGUUAGAUGUGGAUGAGGACUCUAUGGGACGUUGCACCAUGCGCGGGAGGGGCACCGGUGGCGUCGCGUCGGAUGGCAGCGGCUCAAGCACAAGUUUCUCCAGCGGCUCUAACGGGUUCCUGGGCGGGCCGCUGUGGGAGCGGACGCUACCGUGCGAUGGCGGCCUGUUCCAGCUGCAGUACAUGGACCUGGAGGAGUUCCUGACGGAGAACGGCAUGGGCAGCAUUAACGGCGCCUCCAACGCCGCACAGGUCCCCUCACAAAGCUCGCAGUGCACGCCCACUUCUCCGGUGCCCUGCUCUUCGUCUUCGUCGUCGUCGUCUUCAUCUUCAUCAGCCUCCGCCUCCUCCUCGCCCACGCUACUCGGCCUGGACAUGAUGAGGAACUCCGACUGCCUGCAUGGCACUCCUCAGGGCAGCCAGGACCCCUCCCCUUCCCCAUCCUCUACCUCCACCCCUCCGCUCACCGCCCCACCCAUCACCAAUGGCAACGACAUGAUUGGGACCUUUGAUCCCGACCCUGUGGACGUGGCCCUGUCGAGCGUCCCAGGUCAGGAGGCGUUUGACCCCCGGCGGCAUCGCUUCAGCGAGGAGGAGCUGAAACCGCAGCCCAUGAUCAAAAAGGCCCGCAAGAUGAUCGUCCCCGACCACAUGAAGGAUGAGAAAUACUGGAGCCGGCGCUCAAAGAACAACGAAGCGGCGAAGCGCUCGCGAGACGCACGGCGGCUGAAGGAGAAUCAGAUUUCCGUCCGGGCGGCAUUUCUGGAGCGUGAGAACGCCGCGCUCAGGCAGGAGGUGGCCGACAUGCGCAAGGAACUGGGCCGCUGCCGCAACAUCCUCAACAAAUACGAGAGCCGGCUGGUGGACCAGUGAGGACGAGGAGGAGGAAGAGGAGCGAGAGAGCGAGAGCGAGAGAGAGAGAGAGAGGGAGAGGGGAGACCACUGAAUGUGAUAAAGGACGACAUGCAGGGAUCAGGGCUGCAACGAUCUUUUGGAAAAGUUGAUUAGUCAUCGGCGAUUACGGAAAAGAGCUGACUCAUCAUUCGCUACAAUGUUCAUCUGAUCCACACAGUCGCUCUGACAGACUGUAAUACACUACAGGAAGCGUAGGGGGCGAUACGGCUUCUACUGUUUCAUUUGAAAAGCCUCUAUAAUGGUCAAAUGAUCCAUGUGGUCAUUCCGAUAAAUUGCAAUACACUACAGGAAGCAUAGGGGGCGAAAUCGACUUUCAGAAGAAGGAACUUUCAGAAUGAGAGGCUUAUUGAUUCACUUAGUCCAUUAAUUCAGUACUAGUCCAUAGAUUAAGCGAUGAGUUGCAGCCAUAACUGAGAGAGAAGUGGACGGACAGUUUAAACGCAGGGAGAUGGACAAUAAUGCCUGUUCCGGACCUUCUGAGCGGAGAUAAAUGUUGGCUUUUGAUAUUGGAGAGAGUUGUAUAUUUUUACACAAUAGAGUCAUGUGCUAUGGGAAGAGGACUUUUUUGGAAAACAAAAUGUUCUAUAAAAAUAUUUUCUAUAUUUUCUAUAUAUAUAUAUUAAUGGCAGGGCUGUUCAGUUAAAAAGCAAGGUACACUCUUAACGAGGAAUUCCACCAAUUUUGCAACAAUUCUGCAUAAACAGUCGUGUAAUCAGAGAGAUUCAGAGGGUUUGGUGUGAACUGGUUCAGACGUCUUUAUAGUGGUGGUGAUGGGAACCAGACGUCGCCAUGACUACAACACAGAUAUAGACACUUUAUUAACCACCCAGA